GAAACUGCAGUUGUGAUCUUACAUGCGAAGAAACCUGCGAUUGGAUUGGAGGGCCCUGGCGCUGCUGGGCGCCCUCCUUUCGAUUAUCAUAGCCUGGUCGGAUGUGGUGUUUGCCAUGCCAGAGCUAAGGACGACUUCGAACCAAGAGACAAACAAUACAAAUAUGAAUAAUACUAGUUAUAUCAAUAACAGUAGCAUCAACAAUAGCAAUUAUCAAUUGCAUACUAAUAGUAAUAGUUAUAUACAAAGUGAUCAUAGUCGUAAUAGUCGUCUCGUAGUGCUGAAGAGUGAACAUAGUAUAGAUCAAAAUCAAAGUAUUAGUGCUGAAUUUAAUAUGCGAACGUUAAACACAAUAAUUCAACCAACUGCCAUUAACACGAAUACAUCAACAAUGACAACCACAACCACACCAACAACAACAACAACAUCAACAUCAACAACAACAACCCCAACACCCGUCGACAGCAGCAGCACAGCAACUAUUGCAGAUGAGCUUCAACAGUCAGAUCCCUUGGGCUUUGUCUUCUCGGUGGCGCCGCGUGAACAUUUAGCGAUACUUUCACGCACUGAGCGCAGUAUUAGACAUCAGAAUCAGCAUCUGCAUCAUCAGCAAUUGCAUCACAGGCAUCAGCAACAAUCGCCUGUUGCUACUGCUACUGCUGGCAACAGCAACAGCAACAGUAACUAUAACAAUAACAACAGCAAUUUCAUUGGUUCGAAAUCGAAAAGACUGAAUAACUCUAGAAAUAAUCUACCCAUAAAUAGCAGUAACAACAACAAUCCCAACAUAAACAGCAGCAGCAGCAGCAGCAGCAGCAACAACAAUAACAACAAGAACAACAAUAAUCCCAGCAGCUUGGAUCGCAACGAACGUUCAACCAACCCCGUUACGGAAGAAAAGAAGAGAAUUGUACAGAUAUAUAUUAAGAAUCGCUUUCUACAACUGCUGCCAGAUGGCACUGUAAAUGGCACACAGGACGAGCAGAGUGAUUACAUCAUACUGCUACGCUCUUCUGUGGGUACGGGGGGUCACAUUAAGAUACGAAGUGUGGCAACCUGCUUGUAUCUCUGCAUGGAUGCUUGUGGCACAGUCUAUGGCUCGAGAUCCUUCACCGACGACUGUGUGUUCUACGAGAACAUGGAUCCAUCCAGCCACAAUUUCUACUCCUCCGCAUACAACUCGAAUGCGAGGCGGACAUUGUAUUUGGCGCUAAAUCAACAUGGGGCACCACGUCGCACCAAACUCCCGCCCAACCGAACAUUGGGAAGCCUCUCAAAAUACAUGAGGGCGCUCAGCGAGGCGGUGCCGGAGCAGCGUGUGGAUGAGCUGAUUGUCAAGUAUUUUGGGCCGAUUGGUGUCAAUCAUAGCAUGCGCGGACGCUGUGAUAAUGGCGAGGUGGAGAAACUGCCGACCCAUGCUAAGCACUUCCAGUCGCCACCACAACCACAUUGCAACAGCAGUAGCAAUAGCAGAAGCAGCAGUAGCCGCAGCAGCAGCAGCAGAAGCACCAGCAGCAGCAGCAGCAGCAGGAGAAGCAGUAGUAGUAGUAAUAGUGGCAGUAACGUUCCUGCAGACAGCGCCAGCAGCCUGAUUAGUAUUAGUAACAAUAGUCAAAGCGACAGCGGCCAUAUUAGCAGUAACCUUAGCAGUAGAAGUAGCAGUAACAAUAAUAAUAAUAACAGUAACAGCAACAGCAACAGCAACAGCAACAGUAACAGUAACAUUGGCAACAUUGGCAACCAAAAGAAUAAGAGGAAGAAGAUGCGCAGGUGUCGGCCACAUGAGAAUGAGGAGCAACACAAUUGCCAUAGGCGAAUCGGAGCUGGAGCCGAAGGUGCACCGAAUGCUCUGCGCAAGUUUGGCACCAAGGCAAUGCAGCAAUGCAGGGAGCGACGCGAGGAGGCAAUAAAAAAGGGCUUAACGCCGCCCAUCUGUCGCAGGAAGCCGGGUGCGGUUGGAGCAGCCAAUGCUGCCCACAAUCUGCAGAAUGGUCAAGCAGCCGGAGCCGCAGCCGCAGCUAAAGGCGCAGUGACAAAUCCGCGUGGCAGCAAAAAGAAACCGCCCAAAGCAGGCGGCAACAAUCAGCGGCCGAAUACAGGCGCCAAGAAGCAGCGUGCUGGAAAUGCCAAUGCAAAACGCACUGCUGCCAAGCGACAGCAGCGUCUGCUUCAGACGACGACAACAACAACAACAACAACAAGAAGAACAAUAACAACAACGACAACAGCAAUGGCCAGCAGUCUGGCAACGCCUGGAGACUUCAAUAGUUGGCCGAGCAGUUCCCCAAUGCCCGCCUUGGCGCUCAGCGAGACGAGCGAUCGGGUGGAGCGCAAUGUGCGAAUGACGCCGAUGGCCACCGAGCACGAUGAGGACGAGGCGGCUGAGGAGGAGGUGGAGGAGGACGAGUUUGAUUCAUUGGAGGAGGGCAGCUACGAGGAUGCCACACUGGAGGGGCAUGUGCGGGGCUCCGCUGGCGACGAAUCGGUCUACUUUGAUCCGCUUGAUUUGUGAGUUUGCCCAAAAAAUCAAAAACAUUACAAAAAUAUUCUAACUUCAUAAUUCUCUACCAUGCAAAAUUUAAUUCGUUUUUUUUUUGUUUUUCAAAAUUUACCCAAAAAAAAAUUCUUAAU